AUGUUCACAGGUACCGUCCUCACGAACGACUGUGGCAAAGACCUUGGCUUCGCGGGCUGCUACAGCUCACCCACCAAACCAAACAACGCAGGCACCGACUUCAACGCUGAUGGCGGCGGUGUCUAUGCUAUGGAAUGGACCUCUGCAGCCAUCAAGAUUUGGUUCUUCCCUCGCGAACAGAUUCCUGCCAGCCUAAAAGGUCCCAUACCACCCGACCCAACGACAUUCGGCACUCCAGAUGCAAACUUUGCGGGCGGCUGCGAUAUUGACAAGUUCUUCUUCAAUCAUUCUUUGAUCUUCAAUAUUGAGUUCUGUGGGAGCUGGGCAGGGCCUACUUUUGUGGACGACGGCUGUCCAGCACUUGACCCGACCAAUCAAUGGCGCUCGUGCAACAUCUACGCUGCUACCAAUCCGCAAGCAUACACGGAAGCAUACUGGGCUGUGAACUAUCUUGAGGUCUUCACCUCUGCACCAGGGUCGCCAUCUCCAACUUCGAGCUUCUUGUCUACGGUCACACCCGCUGCCAGCAGUACUUCAGUGACCGACAGUGGCGCACUGGGUGCACCAACGACACCAACGCAGAGUCUUUGGCCACCGACGAGCAUCACCACCAGUAGCACGUCGACUUCAAGUCCACCAUCUUCAUCGACUGAACCACCGCCAUCUUCGUCGACUUCAUCCUCGUCAUCUUCUUCGACACCAUCACCGGAUCCCACGACGUCGACUUCGAGUAUCUCUACCUCCUCACCAAGUUCUCCAUCGCCAUCGACCACGCUACUCUCGUCUUCAAUCUCAUCUUCGAGCACCUUAACAACUUCAACUACGGCCGCGAGCUCCAGCCCGACGACUUCGCAGCAGCCGCCAACGCCAUCGUCGACCGCACCACAGGUUAUUACGAUCCGCACCACCACGAUCGUGUCUGUUCCAGCAGCACCACCGUCUACCGGAACGGAUAUCAUCACAAUUCACACCACCACAACCGUACACGUUCCGGCAUCAUCACCGUCCCAUCACAAGAGAGCGCCUACAGGCCCACCUCCUGGCAAUGACAUCGGUCCGCUACUGCGCCCUUCGCACGCCACCAAACGCUUCGAUCCGGAAGAUCCUGACGAGACACGAAUCCCGGUCAGCUGGACAUUCGAGUGCUGCUUCGAGUACGCAUCCCUCCCGACAGGGAAGGGCAGUGCGUCCAAGAAGUCGUCUGAUGAUGAUGAGCACGCCUUCCCAACGGCACAUUCGAAGGCGAUGUCGUGA